AAAUAUUGUUAAAGAGUCCGGUCAACCCCGAAAGUCUUCAAAUCUCUCAAUCCGUCUCGUAUCAAUCUCAUCGACAUCAGAAUUUGUAAGCCGGAUCAGAUUGUAAAGAAGAGAAGCAAUAAUGGUUGGAAGUGGUGCUCCACAGAGAGGAAGUGCAGCUGCAACUGCAAGCAUGCGUAGGAGGAAGCCAGGCAGCGGUGCUAGUGGAGGAGGUGCCUCUGGUGGUGCAGCAGGAUCCAUGCUUCAGUUUUACACCGAUGAUGCACCCGGUCUCAAGAUCUCCCCUAAUGUUGUCCUUAUCAUGAGCAUCGGUUUCAUAGCUUUCGUCGCUGUCCUUCAUGUCAUGGGCAAGCUCUACUUUGUCAAGUGAUGAGACAGAUAAUAGCUUGAAGCAAAAAAGACCCUAAGUGACUGCCAGUGAUCAUAAUAUUAGACAGUGGUUUCGUUUAAUGUUUUAAUUUUGUUGUUUAUUACCUGAGUCCUGAGUAUAAUCAAUCUCAACCAUUCCAGUUUCUUGACAUUCAAAGUUUCAGUAUUCUUCCA